GAAAACAAAGAGUAAGAGACGGGGGAGAAAAGACAACUAAAUUACUACGUUGCAUGCUAAUAUGGGGUGCAGUUGGCUGCUGUUUAGUGUUUGUUGAGAUAUUAUGGUAUAUCAGUUAGACCACCCACACCGAGCCUAGCUACUGGUUGAACACACCGAGUUCAAAGGUUCACGCGAGAAUUAACCAAUUUAAUCAGUUAUUACCAGUCUUAUAGUCAGAUUAACUAGUAGAUAGGGAAGGAGUCUCCCAACAGACUUGUGUCUGAAGAGCGGUUUAAAACAGGGGCCAUUUCCCACCGAUGCAGCAAAGGAACCGGUUCACGUGAGGAGUCCUGGUCACUACUCCUGGAGUCCGGAUUUGGGUUUGUUAGGAACUCCCCGAGCUUGGCAAUGUUUGACAAUUCCCAGUACCCUUACAACUGCUUUAAUUACGAUGGAGAUGAUUACCCGCCCUGUAGUUCUGACGAAGAGAAGAGGAUCUGUAGACCUGCCUACAGUUACAUCGCCCUCAUAGCCAUGGCCAUCCAACAGAGCCCUGACCAUAGACUCACCCUGUCCGGCAUCUAUGAGUUUAUCAUGGCAACAUUCCCCUACUACAGAGCGAACCAGAGAGCUUGGCAGAACUCCAUCCGGCAUAACCUGUCCCUCAACAGCUGCUUUGUUAAGGUGCCGAGGUCCGAAGGGAAGGAGAAAGGCAAGGGGAAUUUUUGGACCUUUGCAUCGGGAUGCGGGUCGAUGCUGGAUUUGUUCGAUAACGGCAAUUACCGGCGGCGGCGGCGAAGGAGGAAGGCGGCGCCAGUCAAACGCUUGCCGAGCUAUCGGUGUGACAGUGGGGGAGAGCUGCAGUCCCCCGGGCCAGGGCCAUCGGGGACAUUACUCCAGCAGGACUCACCCCAACACCCUUACAAAACCGAGUCCGAGAUCAAGUUCAGCAUCGAUUACAUUCUGUCCGCCCCGGACCCGUUCCCGACCCUCCCAGGCCAGGGCAGUAACAGCGUCUCACUGCUCCAGGAGCGGCACAUCAACCCCCACCUCUGCACCAAGUGAACUCCUGACCGCUCAGGAAAGGAAAAGUCACUCUCCGAGGGAAGAGCCAGCCCCAUGGCCUCCAAGCCUCCGUCUCUGAGCAAGGGUCAGGCGGUUACUGGACGGGACCCCUUCCCUCUUCCGUACCCAGCGUUCAGUUGUAAUGUGAAACCUUAUGUGGCUCUGUCUGUGUGUGUGUGUGUGUGUGUGUGUCUAUUCCUCGGCCAGGUAUUUUAAACCCCAAAUAUGAACUCCAGCCAGCCCUACCAUUCCAAUCAUUAAGCCCAGGGAGGGUUUAAAACGCAUGCUAAAUUUUAAAAAGGGCCACUUUGCACAUGACAGAUUUCCUCCCCAGCACGUUUAAACAGCGACCUAGUGAAUGAUGUUGGUUCAUUAACUUGAGAGUGUGGAGAUGGGACGCGGUGAGAGGAUUGCUGUUCCUUCACAUUUCUGAUAGCCCACAUUGUGAUGAGAAUGACCUGUGUAUUAAGGCAAUAAAAUGUUCUCCAUGAA